AAGCGGGUGACGUCACUGCGCGCCAGACUCGGCCCGGGAGAUGUCGCGCGGUGACUGCGUCGCCAUGGAGCCCAGGGCGGUAGGUGUCUCCAAACAGGACAUUCGUGAGCAAAUUUGGGACCACAUGGAAUCACAAAAUUUAGCUGACUUUCCCCGACCUGUUCAUCACAGGAUUCCCAACUUUAAGGGCGCUUCUCAUGCUGCUGAGCAACUCCCACGCUUGCAGGCGUUCAAAACGGCCAGGACCAUUAAAGUAAAUCCCGAUGCCCCCCAGAAAAAUGCUCGCUUCUUCGUCCUUGAAAGCAAAAAAACAUUGUUGGUUCCAACACCACGACUGAGAACGGGGUUGUUUAAUAAGAUCACACCACCUCCUGGGGCAACUAAAGACAUCUUGAGAAAAUGUGCCACCUCUCAGGGUGUGAGGAACUGCAGUGUCCCCAUUGGCUUGGAUUCCAGGGUCCUUGUGGAUUUAGUUGUGGUGGGAUCCGUCGCCGUGUCUGAAAAAGGCUGGAGAAUCGGGAAGGGAGAAGGUUACGCCGAUCUGGAAUAUGCCAUGACGGUGUCCAUGGGCGCCGUCAGCAACGAGACGCCGGUGGUCACCAUCGUCCACGACUGCCAGGUCGUGGACAUCCCUGAAGAGCUCCUUGAGGAGCACGACAUCACCGUUGACUACAUCCUCACUCCAACCAGAGUCAUCGCCACAGGCUGCAAGCGCCCACAGCCAAUGGGAAUCACGUGGUCCAAGAUCAGCUGGGAGAUGAUAGAGAAAAUCCCAGUAUUGAGGAGCCUCCGCGCCCGAGAGCAGCAGGCUGGGAAGGAUGUCACCCUCCAGGGUGAGCACCAGUACCUUCUGGAACCAGGCCGCCAGCAGGCAGUGCCCCUGAGUGCAGGCAGAAGGCCCCCGGACACACCCGGGCCAGAAGCCAAUUCCAUGGAGGCAGCCGGUGGCUCCCCACCAGGGGAGGGUGCCCCGCUUGCAGCCGACGUUUAUGUUGGGAACCUCCCCAGGGACGCCCGUGUGAGUGACCUGAAGAGAGCCCUGCGUGAACUCGGCUCCGUGCCCCUGCGGCUCACCUGGCAGGGCCCACAGCGCAGAGCCUUCCUCCGUUACCCAGACUCAGCCGCAGCCCAGCAGGCCAUCUCCUGCUUGCAGGGCCUGCGCCUGGGCACCGACACCCUGAGGGUGGCGCUGGCCAGGCAGCAGAGGGACAAGUGACCUCAUGGAGAGCCACAGAGCUCACUGCAGACUCGCCAUCCCCAUCCCCUGCCGCUCCGGUUCCCGUGGCACUCGAGAGGCCUGCGUGGCAAGACGUGGCAGAGCCACCGCAUGAGCUGCUCGGGUCUCAGUUCUUCCCAGAAGUCACCAGUCAGUGAACGCCCAGGGCCUCCUGUGAGUGGGGAAGCCGGCCCACAGUCCAUCUCACAGCACACAGAGACCUCAGCCUCCCGUUCGUGCAGGCUCAGGCCUUGAGCCAGUUUGUGUUUCUCUGGAGGGACAGAGCAGAGGGGCCAGGGACGGAGUCAGUGGCGAAGCAGGGGUGGGUGAUGUGAAGAUGAUCUCAGGUUUGCCAGGGGUGGGCUGAACGGGAGAAGAUGGACAGAGGAUCCGGCUCUCCAGAGGCCCUGGCCGGGACUGCAUGCCGGGUACAGAAGAGCGCCCUUGGACUUCAGGGUCCUGAGCUGGCAGCAUGGCAGGAAGAGCUCCAUCCAUGUCACAGGAGCCCAGGGAGCUCAGCCCCUGGGUAAAAAGUGCUCACUGCAGCUCAGAUCAGUCCUCAGGUCACACUUUGGGGAGCCAGCAUCCCUUCUUCCCCUCCCCAGCCCACUCCUCCCUCUGCUGACACACACUCCGGGCCCUCAGCCAGCUGGCUGCACGGGGAGCAACUUGGUGCUGUGUGAGAGACCGGCUCUGGGAGAACGGGUUUCAUCCCAGCCUACGUCACAUUUGCCCAGUGCCUUACGUUUUCUGGUUUUUUCCCUCCAGUUCUGUUUCUAAAAACCAGCUGGAGUUUGGCUGAACUGUCCUUUCUCAACAGAAGCGCUUUUGCAAUUGAUCCCGGGCAACAAGUCAAAAUAAGCUUUUAAGUGGAGAUUUUAUUUUUUUCAAAUGUAUAUGCUUUGGAAAUUUUGAUUUUUUAGCCAGAGGGUUUUACCAAGUGUUAUUUUAAGCACAUUGUUAUGCCUCAAGAGGGCAGCCCUUGCACGCACUUUAAAGAAAAUGUUUUCGGGACACUCAGUCUUCUCUUUGAAAGGGCAUUUUCUCACUGGUUUUCCCGUGAAAAUCCCGUGGAGACUUUGGAAAGAAAACACGGCCUUAGAUUUGCUCAUUAAAGACUGAUUACCUUCCCAAGUCGCCAUGAAUAAAAUGAGGGAGGAGAAACGUCUCGAAGCACCACACCUGGCCCUGGGCCCUGGGCCCACUGUGUCCUUGGCCUCCCCCUACCCGCACGACUGGUCACAUUUGUCACUGGGCAUUCAGCUCAGUGUCAGAGGGCGACUCAGCCCCCAGUUCAGAGUAGUCAUCUGGUUACACUGAAGUCCUCACCUUUUUUCUCUUUUUUUAAAGAAUACUUCUCUUUUUGAAAGAUUCUCGUUUGUUUUUCUGUUUACCUUUUUUCUGUGGAUUUGCUGCCGUUAGAAUAGCAACUGGAGGAGAAGAGCAAGUGAGUCAUCCCUGACUUGUCCACUCCCUGUCCGGCCAGCAGUGGGCACAGCCCUGCAGACAGGAGCAAGGACUGCUGGGAAUAGACCCACUGGAGCCGGGAGAGGGAGAAGCUGGAUUCUGACCCCACCACUGAAACUCCUGUGUCCAGCCAUGCCUGACGCCCACCCCUCCUUCAGACGGCGGGAUUAAACCAGUCAGUACAGGCUCACUCAGGGAAGCCAGACUGCUGGGGUUUCCUGACACUUUAGCCAGAAUAAUCCAGGUGUAUGGAUACACAGAUAAUCUGAAGGAGUUUCUCAUUUUUAUAUUUGUGGAACAUCGUGUAAGAAAAACUAAAGAGCAAGUGCGUGAAAUAAAAUCCCCCACA